UGUGGGGGAACGUAAGAUAUCCGCGAGUCGUAUGACAAAACCUCGGAGUAUAAGACAGGAGGGUUGACUUUCCGGCAAUUGUGUGCCGGAAAUAUGGCUACGGACUGGCUCGGGAGCAUUGUGUCAAUUAAUUGUGGAGAAAGCUUGGGAGUCUACCAAGGACGAGUGUCUGCCGUGGAUCAGGUCAGCCAGACCAUUUCCCUGACGCGGCCCUUCCAUAAUGGGGUCAAGUGCCUCGUGCCAGAAGUCACCUUCAGGGCAGGUGACAUUACUGAGCUGAAAAUUCUGGAGAUCCCAGGGCCAGGGGACAGCAGACAAUGUGGGGACCUGCAGCAGACAGACAUGGGCAUCCCUGGUGUCGGAUGCCAAGUGGGUCCCAGUCAGAACGGCACUGGGAAGAUGUUAAAGAAGCCCAUCUCCAGCAGCGCCCCGCAGAAUAUCCCAAGGAGAACGGACGUGAAGAAUCAGGACAUUAUCAUCUCUCCACAGCAGCAGUGCUCCAAGAGCUACAUGGAUCGACAUGUGGAAACACUGACUCAAUCCAAAGGCUUCCGUCGUAGACACAAUUCCUGGUCAUCCAGUAGCCGUCAUCCGAACCAAGUGACUCCAAAGAAGAGUGGCCUGAAAAACGGGCAGAUGAAAAGCAAAGAUGAUGAGUGCUUUGGGGAUGACAUUGACGAAAUCCCAGACACAGAUUUUGAUUUUGAAGGGAACCUGGCCCUUUUUGACAAGGCAGCCGUGUUUGAAGAGAUUGAAACUUAUGAGAGGAGGAGCGGCACUCGUUCCCGGGGGACCCCAAAUGAGAAACCAGCUCGCUAUCGGCACGACGAGAACAUCUUGGAAUCGGAGCCCAUAGUCUACAGAAGGAUUGUCGUACCCCAGAACGCUAACAAAGAAUUCUGCACGGACUCCGGGCUGGUUGUUCCAAGCGUGUCUUACGAGCUUCACAAAAAGCUGCUCUCGGUUGCUGAGAAGCACGGGCUGACUCUGGAGCGGAGGCUGGAGAUGACGGGAGUGUGUGCGAGUCAGAUGGCCCUGAGCCUCCUCGGGGGACCCAACAGGCUGAACCCGAAGAAUGUGCAUCAGCGGCCCACAGUAGCCCUGCUGUGCGGCCCCCACGUGAAGGGGGCCCAGGGGAUCAGCUGCGGACGGCACCUCUCCAACCACGACGUCCACGUCAUCCUUUUCCUACCCAACUUUGUCAAGAUGCUGGAAUCCAUCACCAACGAGCUGAACCUUUUCAGCAAGACGCAAGGCCAGCAGGUGUCCAGCGUCAAAGAUCUCCCAGAUACCCCUGUUGACCUAGUGAUCAACUGCCUGGAUUGUCAUGAAAAUGCCUUUUUGAGAGAUCAGCCCUGGUACAAAGCAGUUGUGGACUGGGCCAACCAGAACCGGGCACCCGUCCUCAGCAUAGACCCUCCGAUAAACGAAAUGGAGCAGGGCAUCGACGCCAAGUGGUCGCUGGCCUUGGGCCUGCCCCUGCCCCUGGGCGAGAGGGCAGGGCGGGUGUACCUCUGUGACAUUGGCAUUCCCCAGAAGGUCUUUCAAGAAGUGGGAAUAAACUACCACUCGCCCUUCGGCUGCAAAUUCGUCAUCCCCCUGCACUCCACUUAGAGCCCAUCCAGCCACGUGGCUCUGAAGGGAGAGAAGAGAGAAGGAGGAGGUCUGUCAAAUAAGCUGUCCAGUGGAUCCUGACUAGUAAACUCGUGACGCCUUAAGGAUGUGAAGUUCUGGAGCGUUUUCCUUCCAGAAGAAACAUUGUG